GCCUGGUUGGUUGGUUGAGAGUAUGAAAGAAUUGAAUGAAUUCGAUAGUCAUACGGCCGUCAUGGUCAUGAAGGAAGGAAGGAAGGAACUCGGAGAGGGGGAGAGAGGUCGCCUUAGACAAAUCGACACACCGACCGACCGACCGACCGACCGACCGACAUCAGACAGAGAGACGGAGACGUAUACACACGUACACACGUACGAAGCAUGACACACACCGCGCCACACCGCACCGCACCGCACCAAACGCACCAGGCAGGUUGAAUACUUACGGACCAAUUCGACCUACACACAGCCACCCAUCACACAGCACUCAAUUGCGAUAGGCACAGAUAGAUAGAUAGAUAGACACGCCAUCAUACAAACAUACAUCGACAUCGACAUCGACAUCGACAUCGACAUCGACACACACACGUGCAGAAGACCACCACACACAACAAGAAUCCAUUGGUUGCAUCCCUCAUCGACUUACACGAAAUAAAUCAAAUCAGUGCACGUCCCGUCCGUGGAUGCCAUGCCGUCCAUCAGUCCAUCCAUCCAUCCAUCCGUCCAUCCAUCCAUCCAUCCAUCAAGGGUCCAGAAAAAACACCCGUGCUGGCUCCCUGGCUGGCCGGGUGACUGGGGGGGAGGGAGUGGUGUGUGUGCGGCAUGGCUCUGGCUGGCAAAGAGUAGAAGAGAGGGCAGGCGGAAAAUGCCCUACUCGGCCGUCCUGUCUGUCUGUCUGUCUGUCUGUCAUUUCUUCCCCCCGAUUUGCUGUCUCUCAUUGUCUGUCAGGGCUCACUCACUCACUCACACAGACAGGUCACCUGCCCUGCACUCACUGGUGGGUGUAAAUAAAGUGCAGACAGACACUUACGGGGAAGAACAAAGACGCCCAACACACGAAGCACACGACAGAGGGGAGGGAAAAAGUUCGGCGGCACGCGUGGCUGUGUCUGUGGCUGGCUGGCUGGCAUCAAUGCAUCCAUUGUCCUAUUAUUAUCAUCAGAGGAGACCGGCAUCUUCGUCAUUGUGAUUGUAUGCACACGAGCGGCAGGCAAGGAACUUGACGGCACGAAAGGGAAAACGUGCACUUCACACACACCAACAGGCAGGCAGGCAGGCAGGCAGGCAGCGGGCAGGGGGGAGGCUAUCUACACACCAAAAGACCGACUCAAAUCUGCACUUCCCAAAUGUCUCUCUAUCUGCUAGCAGGGAGGGGCUGGGGAUGGCGGGGGGGACAAGUGAGAGGUGGGGACGGUGGGGAUGGGAUGCCGUCCGUUCCGUAAAGACAAAUAAGAAACAAACCAACCUAUGGCUCCCAUCUGUCUGUCCUUGACUGACUGGUGUGUAUGUAUGUACGUGUGGCUGGCUGAUGAAUACACCCACACCCACACGCACACGCACACAAAAUACCCACGGCAGAAUGUGUAAGUUCCGCUGUGCAUGUACGUGAGUGAAUGUAGGCAGGCACACGUGAGCUGAGCACAGACGAAACGGAGACAGGAAGGAAUGAAGGAAUCAAGGAAGAAUUCCCCUCAUCACAUCACAUGAACGCCUGAGGCAUGCAUGGCCAUGCACGCAUCAACACCACACCCCCCACCCCUCGUCUGUCUGACCACGUGACGUGCACGGCAUGGCAUCUCAUCUCAUCUCAUCUCAUCUAUCUCGCUUACAAAACCAAAAUGGACGGCUGUGGUUGUCUGUCUGUCUGUCUGUCUAUACACGAGUGAGUCAGUAUGUAUCUCGGCCGUCCGCUCAGCUGCCCUGCCCUGCCCAUAAAUCAAUCAUCCACUCACUCACGCAUGGACGCAUGGACGCAUGGAGGGAUGGAGGGAUGGAGGGAGUAUGUACAGUAUGUACACUCAACACAAACAACACGACACACACCAUACCAUAAACACACCGGUUGGUUGGUUGGUUGCUCGGGCGGUCUCAGCAAAGGGGGCAAAGCAGAAUAACGAAACUUCCCACAGCAGUCAGCGUGCAUCAUGCAGUGCAUGUACCAAACAUGCCUAUCUGCCGGCCGGCCUGCGAUUCGCCCAUCCAUCCGUCCAUCCACACGCCCGCCCACCCCCCCUCAGUCACAUGAUCACACCCACCCCCGCCGCUUGUUCCUCAGCUGCAUGCUGAUCUGGUGCAAAGGGGAGUCACUGGGGGAUGACGAGACGUGCGAGCCCGUCCGCAGGGAUGACCGCUGUGGCAUAUGCUGGACCUCGUCCGAGUCGGUGGCCAGGAGGACGGGGAGGGGCUCGCGGGUCGCGGGGGGGGCCGUGGGGGAUGAUAGCAUGUCGAUCGAUGUCGCACCCUACACACACACAGAAACAAACGGUACAUGUGCCUUGCUUCGGGUAUUGGUUUGGUCGAUCCGAUCAUGGCGUGUGCGUGCCGUGCUGCGCUCACCGGUCUUCCUAAUUCGCUGGGACUGGGUGAGUCGAGGGAGUCGGCCUCAUCGAGUACCUUGUCGUCGUCGUUCUCGCGGGCGUUGUCCCGCCUGCGCUGCUCCUGCUCACGCAUGCUGCCGCUGUUCAAGACAUCGGGCGAGAAGCCGCCGCUCGACAGCGGGGGCUCAGUGCACCCGCCCUCGCUGCUGUCGUCGUCCCACUCGGUCUUGAUGCGGCCCUGCACCCACGCACCCAGGCCCUGCCCACCGGUGGAGCGCGUGGAUGUCCCCGGUGGUGUCUUGCCGCUGCCGCCUUUAGUGGGGUGUCUUGGGGCCUGCUGCCGCUCCAGCCACUGCUUGUGCCGCCGCACCAUGAUGGUGCACGCAAUGACGGCCGCGAUGAUGAUGGCGAUGCACAUGCUGAGCACCAGGGUGAAGGUGGUCCUUGAGGAGGAGCCGCCGGAGAGGGUGGGGGAGAGGUUGGGGGCGUCGCUGUCAUCCAUCUGUGUGCCAGUCUGCUUCUUGCGCAGCUGGUAGUCGUCUCCGUUGCCGCUGCUGGCGGUGUCCUUGUUGUCUUGGCCGCUGAAGCCGUUUGGAGGCUUGUUGAGUGCACUUAGGAAGACGAUGGUGUCGUUCUCGCCGUGCUUCUUCUCCUGCUGCUCCAGGUACUUGUCAUAUAUGUCCUGGAAGGGCAGGCUGGUGUUGUAGAGGUGGUCGAUGUUGUGCGGGAUGGACCGGUGCAAAGCCGAACCCUCGUCGGACACGAGCGACUUCCAAGACGUCUCGAUGGGCUUCCAGGCGGCGAUGGCGGGGGGACUGCUUGAUGAUGAGCUGUCCUUGGGGACAACGGCUUGGUCGAGGAUGCUGCAAGACAAUCAAUACAGAAAGAAAGGACAAUGCCGUCACGUGGGUCAUUGGAUUGCCUUUGGUGUGUGUGGUGUGUGGCAUGGUUAUGGUUGCCUGAAGAGGACGACGACGGAUCCCUUCAUCAAGGCCUUGAGUCUCACCCGCCUUGGCUCGACUUUCAGUGUCCGGGCCAGGGAGGUCUCGAGCGACGCCUGCAGCAUACGCGACUUCUCCUCGUCCUGACCACACACACGGACACGGACAGAGUGCAGACUGCCACAUGUCUGGCUUUGUGGGCCUGUCAUCCAUCUGUGGCUGGCUGACCUGUCGUAGGUCGUCAAACUUCAAGUCGAGGAGUCGGAGAGCGAAGAAGAAGGGAUAGGACGACACCUGCUCAGAACCAUUACGGUGGGCCACCGCAGCACCUGACGCUGAUGCAGACGCUACACACACAUACAUGCACAAUGCAUUAAUGCCAUGCCUCCGUUGGUGCCUCUGUCUGUCUGUCUGUCUGUGUGUGUGUGUGUCUCACUGACUGACUUAUGUUGAUGCAUGCCCAUUCGUCCUUGUCGCCGGGAGGGGGGCACACGUCAUCGGCCAGACGACAGUGGGCGAAGAACUGACAAACAGCAAGCGACACACACGGUCGACCAGCCAGCCGUGCGACAAUGCUGUCCGUCCGUCCGUCCGCACCUCGUUCUUCUGGAUGCACUGUGCGUCAGGGUCCUGGCAGCAUCGGGUGACGCGACAGUUGGAAUCGUACAGCUGAGAACAACGACCUGAACGAACCGAACCAACGAGGAAAGAAAGCUCGGAUGAAUGGCCGGCCCUCCCCUCCCCUGCUUGACCCCCGCCUCGACUGCCUACCGUGUGAGAGGUCGCAUAUGCCCUCUCCGUGUUUGCAGUCCUCAUCGUCGAUCUCGCCGUCGGCGAAGGGGCACUCCUUGCCGCCGUUGCUGGCGAACGUACGCACAGUGUAGGUGCGCCGUUUGAUGCAGUCGACGUCACACGCACUCCAGUUGGACCACUCUCCGUCGCAGUCAGUCGCAUCCGUCGUCCCGUCCUCCUCCGUCUCUUGCUUCUUGUCACAUUUGUUGGCGUCGCACUGCCUCUCCUCCGUGAAGCCAUCUUCGUGUAGGCAGCCCUCGCCCAGCCCCUCGUUCUCAACAAAGACGUCGAACCUUCGCCGCUGCACACAACUGUCGUCGCACUUGGACCACUCGUUAAAGGUGCCCUCGCAGUUGAGCCGCUUGCACUGGCCGUCGCCGUGCUGGCAGGGCCGCGACUCCCUCCCGUCGUCCUUAGCGGGGCAGUCGGCGCCCUUGCCACGGGCGGGGGAUGUGAUCGUGAAGGUGCGGGUGGUUAGGCAGGACGGGUCACACUCCUCCCACUCCGACCACUUGCCCUCGCAAUCAACGUCUGAUACAUGUAUCACGUCACAUCAGACACACAGACACACAGACAGAGAGCGGUGGUGUCUGGAUGUGGAGGGGGCUGGGGGUUCUCUCCCUCACCUGUUUCGCAUUCGUCUCCCGUGCACUCCUCUUCUUCCUUAGCGUCGUCGGUGUAUGGGCAGUUGUUGGCCGUGGCCGCCGGCGAUGUGAUCUUGUACCGCCGCUCGCGUCUGCAGUCCUUGGUGCACUUGCUCCACUCCAGCCACUCGCCAGUGCACGUCGCACCUGAGUGAGCCCACACACACAUAGGCGAUGCGUACGGGCCCCUCAAUCGUCCCUGUUUGUCUGUAUGUGCGCCGCGCCUGCCUUUACCUUUGUUGCAUUCUCCAUCGUCGCAGACCAUCAUCUCGACAUCUCCGUCGUCGAAUGGGCAUGCCUUGCCGUCGCCCUCGGCCUUGUCGAGCACCUCAUAGACCCGCUCCUUCUGGCACUUGUCGCUGCACUCACUCCACUUUGUCCACUGACCCUUGCAGUCAGCAGCUGACACCACACACACACACGCAUCCGGGGGGGGAUGCAAGUUUGUGUGGCUGUCGACAUGCCUGCCUCACUCCCUCACCGCAUUGGUCGUCUUUGCAUUUGCGUCUUUCCUGGAAGCCAUCUGGUCUCGGGCAGUUCUUGCCCUUGCCCUCCGGCUCCUGCGUGACCUUGAGUGUCCGCUUCUGCUCGCACUUCUCGUCACAAUCGCUCCAGUCGCCCCACUCAUACUCGCAAUCCACGGCUGCAACACACAACAACAAUGGCCAUUCACGGGUGUAUGUCUGGCGUGUGUGUGGUCUGCACCGAUCUCGCAGUCGUCAUCGUCGCAUUCCUCGAUCUCCUCGUCCCCGUCUUCGUAGGGGCACUGCUCACCCUCGCCGACGGCAUCCUCCUUGAUCGUGUACACGCGAGACCGUGUGCAGUUGGUGCCACACUUGCUCCACUCGCCCCAGCCGCCAACACAGUCGGUGUCUACCAGAACAGAACGUACCAACCGAUACGAUACAGUGCAGUGCAGUGCAUGCCAACGGCGGGGCGGGACGAGGGGUUGGUGGGUGUUUGUACCUUUAAGUUUGCAGGCUGAUUUGGGGCACGUUCUCUUCUCCUGGUCCUGGUCUUCAUAGUCGCAGGGGUCGCCCUUGCCCUUGGCCUCGCGGGUGACGUUGAACGUCCGCACCGUCUCGCACUUAUCGUCGCACUCACCCCAAUCGCCCCACUCCCCCUUGCAGUCCACAUCUGCACAAACAAAUGACCCACCCACCGUUUGGUCUCAUGUUAUGUUGUGUUUCUCUGUCCGUUGGCUCACUUCCAUCGCAUUCGUCAUCGUCGCAUUCUCGUGUCUCAGUGGCGCCAUCUUUCUCAGGGCAGGGGUCCCCCUUGCCGGUGGCGUUGGCCGUGAUGGUGAAGACUCUCUCUUGCUCGCACUCCUCGCUACACUUUGACCACUUCCCCCAAUCGCCCACACACGGCUUGUCUGCAUCGACAGAGGGAUGGGAUACAUACGGGGGUCGUAUCGUGUAUAUCUGCUUGUGUAUGUUGCUGUGGUCAUAUAUGGCUGACCGGCAGGGCAUUCGCCCCCCUCGCACGUGCGCUUCUGUUUGGUCCUGUCCUCGAAUAGACACUCCUUGCCGCCACCCACCGCCUCACGCUCGAGCCGGAAGAUUCGCUGCUGCUCACAGUCCUCGUCGCACUUGCCCCACUCGCCCCACUGACCCAGACAGUCAAGGUCUGCAACACACACACACACACACACACACACAGAGGAGAAGACACCUACUAUUAAGUGGCCUAGAGUGACCAGACAGGCUGAGGUCGCUUGUUUGUUUCUGACCGUCGCAAAGUUCUUCCAUGCAGCCCUCUUCCUGCAGCUCUCCGUGUGCGUAUGGGCACUGGUCCCCCUUGCCAGCGGCGCUCUCCUUGACCAUGUAGCUCCUCACCCGCUUGCACUUCUUCUUGUCGCAUUCACUCCAGGGCAGCCAGUCUCCGCGGCAGUCCCGCGAUGGCGUCAGGAUGGGCGGCACCACGUACCCGUCUUCACCGUACUCGUAGUCGUAAUCGCCAGCGUAGGUGCACUCCUCCCCCGCACACACCUGCAACUCCACCAUCCCGUUCUUCACGGGGCAGGCCUUGCCGCCAUUCUUGGCGGGACGAGAGAUGGCGUAGAUGCGCUCUUGCGUGCAGUCAGCCGAACAGCUAGACCAAGAUGACCUGGGUGAGCAGCAGGAAAGGCACCAACACAUUACAUUCGUCUGUCUGUGGCUGGGCUGAGACGCUUUUUGUCUGUGUUUAUUCGUACGUACCAGCUGCCUUUGCAGUCUUGGGGGGCGGCCUUUUCGGGGCACUUGGGGCACUCUCGCGUCUGUUUCUCGCCGUCAGGGAACUUGCACACAUCGUCGGUGCCGGGCUUGGGCAUGACGACUCGAUACUGCCGUUCUUGUGUGCAGGUCUCCUCGUCACAGGGGCUCCAUGGCGUAAAGAAGCCCUUGCAGUCGUCCUCGCCCUUGACGGCUUUCUUCUUUUUCUUCUUCUGCUGAUUGGCUGUCUGCUUACUGUCCGUGAAGGCAUCUGGCUGUUGCUCUGUACCGGCGCCGAACCACCAGUCGAGCACGUCACCCACCGUGCCCCAUACUGAAGAUGCUGAGGAAAGAGAGCAGACACAUAGCAUAGGUGAUUGGGGUCUGUGGUGCCUGCCAUUCACGUACAUUUGUCGAUGUCGUCGACCGACGCGAAUUUGCUGAGCAUUGGGUCGCCGUCCUCCUUCUGCUGUUCGCACAGGUCCUCCGAGCACUCGCCCACCACCUUGGUGCCGUGAGGGAAGGCGCAGUUGCUGGUGUCGCCGUCCUCCUGAGCCGGAUUCUCGUACCACUUGACCCUCGAGCAGUCCUCGGUGCACCGGCUCCACUCGGUCCACUUGCCCUCGCAUUUCUUGGCGUCUUUGCUGCCCAUGGCGCUGACCUUGGCCUUGCCCUCGGGCACUCCAUUCCGCGACAGACACACUACCCUGCCGUCCUCCACGGUCGGCGUGCCGGCCCCCUCAGGGGCGAAGUAGUGCAGGUGGCAGUUGUCCUUGCGCGUCAUGAAGAAAGAGAUGCCUUGGCAGGGGGUGUACUCGUUGAGAGCGAAGGUCAGGCAUGCCCCCGCACACGCCUUGAGGUCGCCAUCGGGCACCGACACCUGCCGCUCCAGCACCGCCCUCUCCUUGGUCCUGGGAGGGAUACACACGCCGCUCUGGUUGAGGCCUUCCUGCAACAGCGCUGUGUAUCCCUCGGGCACCUCCAGCUGCUGUGCCGAGGCCGUCACGAGCACCGACACCAGCAGCAGUGCGAUGAUACAACGGUUAGCGCAAUUCGUCAUUGUGGCGGCUCGUAUGUGAGUCAGCCUCAGCGGGGCAGGCGGAAUGUCAUCGAACAAGUGGAUAGCCCCCUCCUCCUCUCGUGGCAGCAGCGAUCACAACCGCUACUCAGCCUUGACGAGGGAACGUGGCGGCCGCCGUCCCGAGGGCCACAGGAAGCCCCUCUACGAAGAAAAUAGCCAGCGAGUUUCCUUCUCUCCUCGUUUAAUUUGGCCCUCCCUCUACCUCCUCCAGCGCCAACGGCUGUCGCUCGACUGGCCUCGUCUGUGCUUGCAGCCGUAGCUUCGUGUGGCCUCUAUGCCGUGCGACUUAGCCUUGUGCCGCGCUCCUCUCCCUUCCC